CCGACUAUAGUAUGUAGUAGUACCUACUAGAUAUGUGCCGUAGUCAUCUUCGGUGGAGCCCCCCAGAACUGGCUGGCUGGCUGGCUGGCGGUGCGGUGAGAAGGAGACACACAUCGCAGUCGUUCCAUCGGACCUGCACGAUGUGGUGCAGCCAGAUCUCAUCUCCAUUCAUUUCGUCCCAAGAUUUCAUCAUCUGCACGCUACUGUACUUUAUCAUCGCAGCCGACCCUCACCACCAGCAGCAGCAGGACACACUCUCUCUCCCGGCUCUCCCCAACCGAGGAGGCGAAAUAUCAUGUUUUGCGGGGAUGGGGAUGGGCUGGCCUCUUUCGCCGUUCACGUCACAGUCCCUGGCCUAGCCUAGCCUGCAAUCAAUUUCACGCGAGCAGUAUCUCCGUCUGUAUGUAUGGAUGUAUGUAUCAGUCUGGUCGGCGGCGCCGGCGGAGGAGGAGGUGGUGGGAGGUGCGAGGUGCGGCGGGCAAGCAUGUGAGAGAGGAAACGCGAAGGAUCCUUUUCAUUCAAUCGGAGCCGUUGUCACCCAUCGUUCGUGGUUGGCCGAUCGCGUCUCUGAUGUGUAUACUGUACCGGUG